AUUUGUGUGUCCCUAUUCCUUUAAGUUCAGAACAAUGAUCAUUCUUUGUCUGAAAGCCUGAAAUAAUAUUAUUUGACGUCCUUCCUUGUGCAUUUGUGUAUUUAUAGUAGUAUCAUGAAUUUACCUCCUGAACUCAUUGAACAGAUCCUGAAUAAAUGCGAUGGAAUUACUCUUUUGAAUGCCAGAAAAGUGGACCCAAAAUGGAGAAGCAUUGUUGACUACCUCACUCAAAAAACGAGAAUUUGGCAGUGGUGCUGUAAGGAGGAAAUCCCAGCCAACCAACUUAUUGAGUACCUACAGAAAUACAAACCAAAUGAUGAGGAUAGAUGGCUACAUAUCUACAUAAAUUGGUGUUCUUGGGAACAUCUAGAUAAUGUUGUAUGUGACAUAAUCCUGAGUCCUGUGGAUGUGCCCCGUAUUUCAUGUCUAGCAGUAUCUAGUGAAUUCAUUGCAGUUGGAUCUCAAGAUGGAAGAUUAAGAAUCUUCACCAGUAACUGGAAGAUGAUUUAUAUGGCACGAAUAUUAGCUGUUAAAAUCACUAGUUUGACUUUCAUAGAGAGUGAUGAAGUUGAACCAGAAAGGGGUCUGUGUUUAGUAAUUUCCUUCAAUAGAGGGCUUCAAAUAUUCUAUUUUGAUGGAAUUAAUAAGGGUCAGCUGGAAAUUCAUGAUGUGAAGUCACACAGUGUUUACAGGAACUAUAUCUGUUAUGAGAAAUUAGGAGGUAGACUGACCAUUUCAAAAAUCAUUAGUAGGCAUGGGCACAAAGAAUUAGCUGAAAUAUGGUUCUCUAGAAUAUAUUCCCCAUCUAGUUUAUCUUGCAUGAAAAUGUGGGAUGGUAUAUGUACAUUUCUCAUCAAUAAUGAAGUUAAAACUAUUCAAUAUGGUGCUGAGGAUGCCACCCCUAUGGAUAUUAUGGAGAAGAAAACUAGGAUCAGAUAUAAUUCUCCACUAGUUGAAAAUCAGAAUACCCAGAUUUUGAGAAAUGAUAUCAUCAUACGUUUGUGUAAAAACGAGGACAAUCUCAAAUGUGACUUCAUUGAAUUUUUUUUGCUGGGGAAACUAGAAAAAUACAGCAAGAAAAUGUUCAGCACUUGGGAAAUUUUUAGGUCCUAUAUCACCUGUAUCUAUCUUUAUGGAAAUACACUUAUACUGGGCAUGGAUAUUGGUAAUGUAUACAUAUAUCAUGUGUCCAGCUGGAAAAACUUGGACAUCAGAAAUUACAGUCACAAAAUUAUCAUAGGAAAACACCCUAUAAUAAAUAUAGUAGUAAAAGAAACCCCUAAUGAACGUAGGUUUUAUGUGUCAUCAAAAUUCAAUGUACAUGAGGUUACAGGUUUCUUGCCAAAUAUUUAUAUUUGAUUUAAUCAAGUUCAUUAAUUUCUACGCUCGAAAUUAGAUUUUAUAUUUUUUCAACAGUUUUAGUAAUUCAUCAAUUUGUUCAGGACUGUUACUGAAACCAAACCAAUGAAAUAUUGGUUUAUAAAAAGCCAAAAAUGUCUAGAAGAAAUGAAAUGUUUUUAAAUUAAAUUUUCAAUUAAUUAAGCCAAAUUAUUUUAGAAUGUGAUUAUGCAUCCAUAUAGUAUACCAAAAAAUAAUACAUAUUUUGUUGCAGAUAUUUUAUCAGUGUUGUUGAAUAAUAAAUUGGUUUUGCUCCUG